AUGCUCGAGUAUAGGCUCACAGUUAAAGAUAGGAUGGUGUGUGAUUUCUUUCAUCCCAAUGCUGGUGGGGUAGAGAACCACAUCUACAUGCUCAGUGCGAAUCUCAUCCGCCGGGGACACAAGGUGAUUGCCAUAACACACAGCCAUCCUCCGGACCGAGUCGGCAUACGCUGGCUUUUACCUGCCCUAAAAGUAUAUUACCUCCCCUUCCCCACCAUCGCUUCUUCAGCGACCCUGCCGAAUUUUUUGACGUUCUUGCCCUACCUGAGGACAAUCGUCCUCCGUGAAGGCGUUGAGAUCAUACAUGCGCACGCCAGUCUGUCGUCGCUGGCGCACGAGGGCCUCCUGCACGCGCACCUGAUGGGCGUACGCACUGUGUUCACAGACCACAGUCUGUUUGGCUUCGACGAUGCUGCAAGCAUAUUGACGAAUAAGCUCCUUGAGGCGGCGCUAAGGAACGUUGAUGCUGUCAUAUGUGUAUCACAUACGGGCCGUGAGAAUACGGUUCUGAGAGCUCGACUUCUCCCUCAAACAGUACACGUCAUACCCAAUGCCUUAGUGGCUGACCAGUUCAAGCCCAUGCCUACCAUCCGCUCGAACGACAAUGAGAGAAAUACAGUCACCAUCGUCGUCAUAUCACGGCUGGCGCACAGGAAAGGCAUUGAUCUCCUUGUGGCAACGGCGCCUCGUAUUUGUGCUCUAUUCCCAAAUGUCAAGUUCGUUAUAGGAGGCGACGGCCCUAAGCUGAUCGACCUGCUCCAGAUGAGAGAGAAGUAUAUGCUCCAAGAUCGCAUCGAGAUGCUUGGGCCUGUCCAACAUAGCGAUGUUCGCGAUGUCCUUGUCCGCGGCUCUAUAUUCAUAAACACCUCGUUAACAGAGUCAUUUGGGAUUGCUAUCCUGGAGGCCGCCUGCGCAGGUCUUUAUGUCGUUGCAACUCGCGUAGGUGGCGUACCGGAAAUUCUCCCGGAGGAUAUGAUCUCCUUUGCAAAUCCAGACGAGGAUGACGUGGUUAGAGCCAUGUCAGAAGCCAUUGACAUCGUGACGGCCAACAAGCACGAUCCUAUUCGCGCUCACGAGCGCGUUCGGAGCUUUUACAACUGGUGUGACGUUGCUGAACGCACAGAGAAAGUGUACGACACCGUGAUGCAACAAGAACCAUACGACUUCUGGACGAGAUUGCGACGCACUCUACAGCUCGGGCAAUUUGCGGGGCCCAUCUUCGCGAUAAUCCUGAUUGUGGAUUGCUUAUUCUUCGUAUUUCUUGAGUGGUGGAUUCCUCGUGAUGACAUCGACAAGGUCGAAAUGCAUUGGAACCAGGAUGACUUCGUCGAGGUUUGGAUGUUCAUCCUGAUUUGCUCGUUUCGUACUGACCAGUGUAUUUAA